AUGGCGGCCGAGACCACCGGUACUACAAUGCAGUGUGCAGAUGCGCUCGACUACCAUUCGCUCAAAUUCGAACACAUGAGCAGGAUAUCUAGUCUUGCGGAAGGACAUGUCUACGCACUCAGCUAUUUUCCCGGUGAGCUACAAGCUCUCUUAAAUAUCGCCUCGCUCAAAUUUCACGAAUGGGCACCUGGUCACUUCGUUUCGGUUUUGGGUUGGCCAAAAGAAUCCAAACAAGGCUCGAAGCCCCAAUCGGCGCUAUCGGAACACCUAGAAAUCCACUGGGGAGAGGGUGACAGAACCGUUUUGUUGAACGAUCGCUCUGCGCUAUCCAAUACAGGUAUCCGACCGCAAAUCAUAAUCUCUGAUACCGACGAAGUAUUGUCCAGACUGCAGCAUGGUUUUGAAUUCGCCCCUCCAUUCUCUACUAUCCUUACAAGGGUAGACCACGAGCACCUGACAAUGCUAAGUGUCUUUUUCCGCUACUGUCUCUUGGUGCAAGGUCAUGCUACGGCGACGGAGAAUUUCCAGUACAACUUUUGGUUAUGGUUCGAGAAACUCUGUCGCCAUGUUGCCAGCCAAAGUACACCGGAUAGUCGGCCAGAACACGUUGAUGUCGCUGCAUCGUCAAAGGCGGAGAAGAAGCCGGAUAGUUCUUGCAGCCAAGUUGACUCGGAUGAACGAGCACAUGGAAACAAGACUACAGUUUUGGAGAUUGACCAGACAGAGGAAGUUGCAAGUAACCAUCGUUUCCAUGGAGAACUGGAAACGAUGCGGAAGGAAGUUGAGAAAUACAAGUUGGCUUAUGAAGGGCAAAGCAAAAAGGUCGAAGAGGAGAAGUCGUGGUUGCACAAAUUACGGCUCGCGCAUGUGAACUCCGAAGCCAUGCUUAGAAAACAUCAGAAAGAGGCAGAGGAGUGA